GCCCCGCCCGUCCUGUGUUUCACAUCUUAUCUCGGUUUAACGGGAGCUGAAUAUUCGUCGGAAGCUUAAAUUCAUACUUAAUUCGCCUGAAAGCAUAGCGGACUGCUUGAUAACACGGAGUAACCAGAUCUCGGAGCUAGUCGUGAUUCAGAUGACACCAUGCGGGGACGAGGUCGGAUCACUGCCCGUUAGUUAGCUAGUUAACCCAAAGUACGGGACUGUUGUUUUUUUUUUGUACCCUGAGGUGGGUUACAUAUGCUUCUGUAAUCUAUAAUGGGUAUAUACAGGUUUGAUAAACUGUCUCCCGAUAGACCAGGCAGCGUAUGACAGAAGAAGAAGAAACAAAUCGUUUCCCGUACCGAGGAGACGCUUGAUUGAAGCCGGGCCAUCUGUGCUUCUUUUCGGUCACUGGGAGCAACUCGAGCCCGCGGCUUCGCAAGCGGCCUACAGACAAGACAACAGACUUUUGUUCUUUCUCAAGAGCUCGGUUUCACGUAGCGGGGCGAAAGCUGUUUAGGAGAAAUGCUAGAAAGUCUGGGAGGAUUUAUUUUAUGUGUUUGGUUUUAGUACGAGGUUUUAAAGUUACAGAAUGGCGUCUUAUGUGGAUAGCAGUUUUCGUCAGGCGAUUAUGAAGAACCCGAGCGAGAGGACGCAACAGGACCUUCAGAUCGUCUACUCCUACCUGCAUGGGAUGGAAGCGCUGUCCAACCUGAGAGAACACCAGCUCAGGUUGAUGUGUGAAACAGUUCGCUACGAGCACCAUGAAGCCAAUGAGGUUUUAUACUACCCUGAUGACAUCGGGACCUGCUGGUACAUCUUGCUCUCUGGGUCGGUUUUCAUUAAGGAAUCGAUGUUCCUUCCGCGAAGCAGUUUUGGGAAACGCUCUGCAGGGAGUUUGCGGCGAGGCUGCGAGUGUAUCGUCCUCGAGGCCUCCGAAAUGAUAGUGGUGGACUAUAUGGAGGACAGCGAGGAGUAUUUUCAGAGGCAGGCGUCACAUCGGCAGUCAAGGAGAAGGUUUCGGAAAAUAAAUCAACGCGGAGAGAGGCAGACCAUCAUCGACACGGUCGAGCAUUACCCAGCUAGCAAGCCGCCUCUUCCUCCAGGCUAUCACACGCAGCCGGAAUCUUCCAAAUCCCAGCUUCCUGCGGAUUUCGCUAAGCUCCACCUCUCUGACGGACUCCACCUCCACAUGUCCUCCAGUCAGUCUCGCUCCAGCAUCGCAAGUGACUCAGGAAGCAGCAGCCUUUCAGAUAUUUACCAGGCUACUGAGAGCGAUUGCGGCGAUGUGGAUCUCAGCGGACUCCCCGAGACGGCAGUGGAUUCGGACGACGACGAUGACGAUGAGGAAGUGGGGAGAUCGACGGACCCCCUCAUGAGUCGAGACAUCGUAAGAGACUGCCUGGAAAAAGACCCCGUGGACCGCACAGACGAUGACAUCGAGCAGUUACUGGAGUUUGUGCAGCAGCUCCCGGCAUUCUCCAGCCUCAGCGUGUCUGUAAGACGAGCGCUCUGUUCCGUCAUGGUGUUUGCCGUUGUGGAGCGCGCAGGAACUAUCGUGCUGAACCACAGUGAGGAGUUGGACUCCUGGUCAGUAAUCCUGAACGGAGCUGUUGAGGUGAUGUAUCCUGACGGCCAGUGUGAGACCGUAGGGAUGGGCGGAAGUUUCGGAGUCUCUCCAUCCAUGGAUAAAGAGCUGAUGGUCGGCGUCAUGAGGACCAAAGUAGACGACUGUCAGUUUGUGUGUAUAGCGCAGCAAGACUACUGCUCCAUCCUCAAUCAGGUGGAACUGAACACGCAGCGGGUGGAGGAGGAGGGAGAAAUCGUAAUGGUGAAAGAACACCGAGAGCUCGACCGCACGGGAACGCGCAAGGGACACAUUGUUGUUAAGGGCACCCCGGAGCGUCUGAUCCAGCACCUAGUGGAGGACCACUCGGUAGUAGACCCAACAUACAUCGAAGACUUUCUGUUGACCUAUCGCACCUUCCUGUCCAGUCCUCUCAUGGUGGGCCAAAGACUUUUGGACUGGUUCAAUGACCCCAGUUUACGUGACAAGGUGACACGUGUGGUGCUACUUUGGGUUAACAAUCACUUCAGCGACUUUGAGGGAGACCCGGAUAUGACGAACUUCCUGGAGGAGUUCCAGACCAAUCUGGAAAGAGAAAAAAUGAGUGGUCAGUUACGAUUGCUUAACAUCGCAUGCGCCGCCAAGGCCAAGUCCCGUGUAGUUACCAUCACAAGGUCUUCCCGCGAUCUACCCCUCCCCUUCACGCUGAUGGGCGGCGCCGAGCGAGGGACGCACCUCUUUAUAAGCUCUGUGGACACAGGCAGCAAGGCGGAGGAGGCGGGGCUUAAGCGCGGAGACCAGAUAUUGGAGGUGAACGGGCAGACUUUCGAUAACGUACACCUGUCCAAAGCUAUAGAGAUCCUCCAGAAUAACAUUCAGCUGUCCAUGAGUGUCAAAACCAACCUUCUGGUCUUUAAGGAGCUGGUGGCCCGAAUAGCAGAGGAACGGAAAAACGGCGUUCCUCACCUGCCUAAGAUCGUCGACGGGAAGAAAAGCUCCCGCUACUCCGUACCUGAUCUCGGCGUUGAUUCCGGGGUCAUUUAUCAGGAGAAGGUCAGCAAAAAGGCUAAAGCACACACCAUGGGCGGCCGUAACAAACUGAUGAAGAUUCUGGACAAGACGCGCAUCAGCAUCCUACCUCAAAAACCAUACAGUGACCUCGGGUUGGGGCAGUCACAGGACGACAGCAUUGUGGGCCUGAGGCAGACCAAGCAGGCCCCGCCUACCACCACGAUCACCGGAAGCUUGUCGUCUAGCAACCCGGACUUGGCGCAGGGCCAGCAGCGCAUCAUCGACUACAGCAUGCAGCCACCUGCACCUGGAUUCACUCAAUUACAAGAUCAGGUUCUACGGGUGUUCAAGGCGGAUCAACAAAGUCGCUACCUGCUGAUCAAUAGGGACACCACAGCCAGAGAAGCGGCCAAUCUGGCAGUCCGCGAGUUCGGCCUGACCGCCGGCCCCGAGGCUUAUUCGCUGUGUGAGGUGUCCGUUACGCCAGAGGGCGUCACCAAACAGAGGAGACUUCCUGAUCAGCUCAAUAAACUGGCUGACAGGAUUCAGCUCUGUGCGAGGUACUACCUUAAGAGUAACAUGGAGACGGAGACGCUAUGCUCGGACGUCGAGGCCCAAGAACUGCAAAGAGAAUCUCAGGUCUGUCUGUUAUCUCUGAGCUCCACAGAGAUAGCCAAUCAGCUCUCGGCACGCAACUACGUGCUCUUCGCCAGCAUCGAGCCCACCGAUUACAUCACGGACCUCUUCAAGCUGCAUCCCCACCAGCCGCCGGGCAACCUUCGCAACUUCGAAGACCUGGUCAAUCAGGAGACGUUCUGGGUCGCCACAGAGAUCGUGCGGGAACCCAACCAGGCCAAGAGGAUGAAGAUAAUCAAACACUUCAUCAAAGUUGCCCUCCACUGUCGGGACUGCAAAAACUUCAACUCCAUGUUCGCAAUCAUCAGUGGCUUGAAUCUCGCCCCCGUGUCGCGUCUCCGCGCCACAUGGGAGCGUCUACCAGCCAAAUACGAGAAGUUGUUGACGGAGCUGCAGGAAGUCUUCGACCCGUCACGCAACAUGGCCAAAUACCGCAAUUUGCUGAACAAGCACAAUCUCCAACCGCCAAUCAUUCCUCUUUUUCCAGUCAUAAAGAAAGACCUCACCUUCCUCCACGAGGGAAACGAGUCUAAAGUGGACGGACUGGUUAAUUUCGAGAAACUCAGAAUGAUCGCGCGAGAGAUCAGGCACGUGGUUAGGCUGGCGUCCGUCACCAUGGAUCCAGGGCUGCUCUUCAGGACGAGGAAGAAAAAAUGGAGGAGUCUUGGGUCUCUGAGUCAGGUUAGCAGCUCAUCACUGACUGAGGGGACAGUAGGUCCCAGGAGACGAGGGAGACGGAGCUCCUUCCUGAGCGCCAAGAAACUCUACGAGACGGAGCUGAUGAGCAGACGAGUGCGGCAGUACCUCGACAUGCUCUCGCACGAGAGCGACGAAGACGCCUUGCACGCCCUGUCUCUGCAGUGGGAGCCGGCCAACCACACAGUGCACAAGAGUGCUGUGGAGAAAAGGCGAGUUGACGCGUCUCCGUCAACGCCAAGAAGCCCCACUCCAAAGAAUCUCCCUCGAAAGAAGACAACUGGCAAGGAAUCCGCACCUUUUGGUGCGCAUUCUCCUGGGUCACACCAUGCAGAAGAGGGACCAAAAAGACCGCAAGAAGACACCCAAUCAAAUGCUUCUUCCAUCCGUUCGUCCCCGCCCACUUUCCCAGCCAACUUGUCCAGAAAGGGACCUGAUCAGCUGAGUCUUCUGAGUUCCUCAUCAUCUGACCUGGUCAUGACGGAUGAUCACAUCAUCCACGCCCACACGCACGCUCCCUCUCACACGCGCACGUUCACACAGACUCCGAACACGCACCGGCCCGAGCUGGACCAGAUCAGUCUCGGAUCUUAUUCACUGACCCAGGACCAGUGUGACCGCGCCUCGUUGGACGCCGCCGACAGCGGGCGGGGCAGCUGGACCUCCUGCUCCAGCGGCUCCCACGACAACAUCCAGAACAUCCCUCAGCGUAUGGGCUGCUACGACAGCCGCAGCUGGGAGACGCUAUCGGAGGGGCCGGGUAUGGGGCGGAGCCAGUCAGCCACACCCCUCGGCUACUGGGUGGACGAAUCAGAAGGUGACACCGGCACGAUCAAGCGGCGCGGGGGAAAAGACGAGAUGCCGAAUGUGCAAAAAAGCACCAUGAACCGAGGGGGAGGGCGUUUCCGAGAGCCUCCGCCCACUCCGCCCGGAUACACCGCUCUGUCGUUAGCCGAAGUCGACGAACUCGGCCAUAAUCCGGUCCACGGUCACACUCAUGGGCGACGCCCACCCGACUACAAUGCAGCCCUGCAGAGGUCGCGCCUCAUUAAGAGGUCGUUGGAUUUAGAACCUCCCCCGCAGCCACGCCCACCCACUCGCAUGCACGGAUACACCCACUGUCCUACGCCGCGCCGACCGCCAUGUGACGAAAAUGAACAAAUAUCUGCGGUCUAAGAAGUCAGCGCACGCUUCAUCUUCAUCCUCCUGCUCCAAACAACUGUCUACAAAUCCUGCAAGACACAAAGCUUCUUGAUAACCAAACCGUCUCGUCUCGUCUCCCUGCUCCUGCUGUACCUGCCUGGUUCCCGUGGCUGUCAAUUAAAUCCCAAAGUGGGCAGGAACAGAUACUGUGGUGAAGAGUGACGAGAGACUCGCCAUGCACCAUAGCACAUUUUUAUUUUUCCCUUUUAAAUCGCUCUUGAUUUUGAAAUCACUGUGAGAACCACGAUAAACAUGUUUUGGCACUUUGAAGAAAAGACAAUGAAGGAGAAAACAGCUGGAGCAAUAAUGUAAUGUUACACGGACGCUGAUUUUUAUAUUUCUUUUUUCAUUUAAACAGUGUUAUUUUAAUUGUUGUCUGAAGUCUACAUUGUUUGUUUUGCAUGUGUGUGGCAUGCAAGCAUACUUGAAUCAGAAUGUAAGUGUCUGUCUGUGUAUGUGUGAGAGUGUGAGAAAGAGUGAGAAAAAGCUGCCCAUGAUAGACCUCAGAAACAACUCAGUGUUCUCAUCAGUAUUCAGUCACUCUUCUUACUCUUUGUGAUUUCAAUCGUGUCCGUUUUGUUUCAUCUCUCACACUGAUUUCCAAAUGCACUCACAAGCAUUUUUAUUGUUUUAAUCCAUUUCAAUCAUGUUCUAUUUUUAUUAUUGAAUCAAGUUUCAUUCCUCUCUUUGCCAGUCCGAUGGCAUUAGGCACAAAAUUCUAACCUGUUGCACAGAUGGAGAAAGUGUAAAACAAAAAAAAAACUUGCAUUGCUACUACUUCCUAUUAAAUACCUAUUACAUAGCUACCUUUUUUUUUUUUUUUUUUUAAACAUGGGUUAUAAUUAUAUAUAAAUAUAUAUAAGAUUUGAAAUGUAAGACUGCAUCCUAGGUCCACAUUUCCCUGCCUGAACCUUUUCAUACCACAUGUAUUUCUAUGUCUUUUAAAAAGACAGCUGGUAAAGUCUGUAUCGCAUUUUGUAUUUUUAAUACAAAAAAAAAUUGUAAAUAUUGGUUAUAUUUUGUUUAAAAUUGCAGAGAGCUAUAUACUGUUUGAGGUAACAUUCAACUACAAUGAGUUUGGAUGACCAAAAAUAAAUACUGUAGCAACGA